CCCAGCCCGGACCCCCGCCCUUUAUUCCGCGCCCUUUCCACGCUGGCAUCGGACAACGCCUCGUUCUUCCACGCCACGCACACGGCCGUGGGGCUGCGCUUCGCCGCCGCCUUCCGCCUCCUCCGCCAUCACGGCGACCGCCUGGAAGCUCCUUUAAGGCACCUCCAACGCCUCCAACACCUUUUCGACCUCGAUCCAUCCAGCCCGGGCAACGGCUACCGCAGUUUGGUAGCCGCCACCCGGCGUUGCGUGGCCCACGCCGUGGCCAAAUGCCGUUACGUGGCGGCCCGCAGGCAGAGCGUCUUCUUCCGGAGGGAGCACAACGCCGCCGAGCUGGAGGCCUACGGGGCGGCCCUGGGGCAGCUGAGGGCUCUGCUGUGUUUGGCUCAGGGAUUGUUGGCCUCUGGCCCGCAGGGGGCGCUGUUCGCGGCCGAGGAAUCGGGUUUGGGGGAGGCGGUGCUGAGGGAGUACAGCACCAUGCAUUGCGGGUGCUUCUACGGGAGGUGUCUGGGAUUUCAGUUUGUGCCGUCCAUGCGGCCGGUGCUGCAAACCAUCGCCAUCGGGUUGGUGUCCUACGGGGAGCUGUACGAGAGCGGGGGGGCGGGGCUGGGCGCAGCCGCCGGCUCGCUGCUGUCCGGCAGCCGCUUUGCGUUGGACCCGGAGCUCCGUGGGGAGGAAUUUGAGCGGCUGACCCAAAAACUGGAUGUGGGGUUUUGGAAGAGUUUCUGGAACCUGACCGAGAGCCAGCUGCUGGCGUCGGUGGCGGCGGUGACGUCCCCCCCUGUGGGGUUGUGCCGGGUCCUGGCUGUUCCCCCCGACCCCAUAGAGCUGCCCCAAGUGGGGGGCGACCCCGGAGCCACCGUCACCAUCCCCCCCCCCGUGGCGCACACCGGGCCCGGGCCCGUCCAUAUGAGGCUGCUGUCCUACCAGCUGAGGGAGGGGCAGGUACGGCCCCGUAACUUGUGGGGUUUUUAUGGGAUUAGGGGGGUUUUAUGGGAUUAGAGGGUUAUAUGUGGGAUUAUGGGGUUAUACAUGGGAUUAUGGGGUUAUAUACAGGGAUAUGUGGGAUUAUAUGGGAUUAUGUGGGGUGAUUUGGGGCUGCUGUCCUACCAGCUGAGGGAGGGGCAGGUACGGCCCCAUAACUUGUGGGGUUUUUAUGGGAUUAUGGGGUUUUUAUGGGAUUAGAGGGUUAUAUGUGGGAUUAUGGGGUUAUAAAUGAGGUUCCAGAUGGGAUUAUGUGGGUGAUUUGGAGCUGCUGUCCUACCAGCUGCGAGAGGGGCAGGUCCGGCCCCAUAACUUAUGGGGUUUUUAUGGGAUUGUGGGGUUUUUAUGGGAUUAUGGGGUUUUUAUGGGAUUAGGAGGUUAUAUGCGGGAUUAUCGGGUUAUAUGUGGGAUUAUGGGGUUAUAAAUGGGGUUCCAGAUGGGAUUAUGUGGGUGAUUUGGGGCUGCUGUCCUACCAGCUGUGAGAGGGGCAGGUACUGCCCCAUAACUUGUGGGGUUUUUAUGGGGUUAUGGGGUUUUUAUGGGAUUUAUUGCAUUC